AUGAGGCUGAUAUUUAAAGAACAGAAGAAAAUCAACAUUUAUUUUCGACCAUAUGAAGUUGCAUUUAAUAUUUUACACCAAAUGAUUUGGUUGUUAAUCCUGAGCAUCGCAGUCUGCAGAUCCAGUAACCCAGCACCCGGAUGUCAUCUUUCUCCAGUGGUUAAAAAUGGAUUUGAAUAUAAAUAUUCCCAGGAUGGAGAUAUCAUUAUAGGUGGAAUAUUCACUGUUCAUGGCUGGAUGGCAGCAUUUGAUUACAGAUUUGGGAUCCAAUCACUGAUCUGUCUAAGUGUACUCCGUAGAGAAUACAGACAUAUCAGAGCAUUUAUCUUUGCAAUUAAUCAGAUCAACAGGAACCCAGACAUUCUGCCCAAUAUCACUCUGGGUUAUCAUUUGUAUGAUUCUUGUGGAAGUGAGAAUAAAGCUGUGAGAGAUGUUUUACAGAUUUUGUGUGGACACAAAAAUACAGUUCCUAAUUACAGGUGUAUGGAACAUGGUAAAGUAGCUGGGUUUAUCGGAGAUCUCAACUCUCACACCACCAUUGCAAUGGCAAAGCUGUUAAAUAUAUAUGGGUAUUCACAGAUCAGUUAUGGAGCAAGAGACCCCACGCUGAGUGACAGAAAGAUUUACCCACAUUUUUUUCGAACAAUUCACAAUGACCAGAUGCAAUUUUUGGCAAUUACAAAGUUAUUGAAAGUGUUCCAUUGGAACUGGGUUGGGAUUAUUUCAUCAGAGGAUGACAGUGGAGAGCGGGAGCUCCAACAGCUGAGCAGCCAGCUAACUGCAUAUGGAAUAUGCAUUGAAUUCAAGAUUCAGUAUAUGCCUAAAAAUAAAAAGUUAACUUCAUUAUUUACAGAAAUUAUUAAAAAGUCUUCUGCUCAAAUUAUUAUCAUUUGUGGCACAAUUUCCUUACCCUUUGUAAAUUAUAUCCGUAGUUUCGCACAAUUUACUGUCAAUAGGACAUUUCUUUUUCCAGCAUUGUGGUCAUCUAUGCCAGAGAUUGCAUUGCCCUAUGAGUCAAGACUGCCGGUUAACUGCACUCUUGUAUUUUCACUGCCUAUAUGUACCAUCCCCGGAGUGCAGGAAUUCCUAGAUGAUGUUAAUCCUCCACACCUCUCAUCUGACCCACUAAUGGAGGAUAUCUGGAUAACUGAAUUCUGGUGCAAGACUAGAAAUGAGUUAAAAAAUGUUGUUAUGACAGUGCUAACUCCAGUACGCCUUAGAAACUGUAGUAUGAAGGAUAGAUUUCAAGGCUAUUUCAAUUAUUCUAGGGAUGCAAUACCCUACAGAGUAUACAUUGCUGUCUUUAACAUGGCCCAAGCUUUGCAUGAUAUGUAUUUAUUUCUAAGCAAUAAUGAAACGAGGAACAACUUUGAAAUAAAUGAAUACAAAGAAGAGGUAACAACAAUAAAACAAUACUGGGUAUUAACAGACAGAGAUUUUGAUACAACUGCGUAUGCCUCAGAUCCAAGAUACCACAAGGACAGUGUUCUGAAAAGUGUUCUGAUGGAUAUAGAAAAGCACCAAGGGAAGGAUACUAUGCAUGUUGCUAUAACUGUGUUCCGUGUUCAGAAGGAGAAAUAUCCAAUAAGUCUGAGAAUGUCAAAAAAGCAAUCUUUGGUUGCUGACAUCUCAUGUCUUGUCAUGAAUACUGUAUUUCCUAUUGAUUUUGAGACUGUUGACAAUGAAAAUUGUGUGAAAUGCAGUGAUACUGAAUGGCCUAAUGAAGCAAGAAACCAAUGUAUUGCCAAAGUUCAAGACUUUCAAUCAUAUGAAAUGAACACUAUAACCUCAGUAUUUUCUGUAACAGCUGUAUUAUUUUCCGCUAUAGUUGAUUUGAUUACUGGAAUAUUUAUUUUCUUCCGGAACAACCAAAUUGUCAGAGCUAAUAACCGGAACCUAAGCUUUAUUAUCCUCAUCUCUCUAAAGUUGAGUUUACUCUGUGUAUUACUCUUCCUUGGUCGCCCAGUGGAUAUAACCUGCAUGCUGCGGCAGAUCUGCUUUGGAAUCAUAUUUACUAUCGCUGUGUCCUCAGUCCUGGCCAAGACUAUCAUGGUUUGCAUUGCUUUUAAAGCCACAAGACCAGGAAGCUACUGGAGAAAAUGGAUGGGAGUCAAACUACCAUAUUCCUUAGUGCUGAUCUGCUCAUCUGUCCAGGUCCUGAAUGGUGUCAUCUGGUUGUCAGUUUCUCCUCCAUUUCAAGAGUUUAACAUGGACACAUAUCCUGGGACUAUCAUCAUCCAAUGUAAUGAGGGUUCUGUGCUGGCCUUUUAUUUCAUGUUGGGUUACAUGGGACUCCUGGCAGCUGUGAGCUUUUUUCUGGCUUUCAUGGUGAGAACAUUACCGGACAUCUAUAAUGAGGCCAAAUACAUUACAUUCAGCAUGCUGGUGUUCUGCAGUGUGUGGGUCUGUGCCAUUCCGGCCUAUCUGAGCAGUAAUGGGAAAAAUAUGGUGAUUGUAGAGGUGUUUGCUAUAUUAGCCUCGUGUAUUGGGAUAUUAGGCUGCAUGUUUUUCCCUAAAUGUUACUAUUUACUGAGGAGACCUGAAGUAUCCAGAAAAAUACUUUUAGUUCAGCAAAUACAAAACAAUUCCUUAUAA